AUGUCAGAUCAAAGCCAGGAAACCCCAAAGGGGUCUCAUCAGCUCCCUAUAACCCAAGAAUCUCGAAACAACCCCAUUCCUCCGCGGGCCACAGUCGGCGAGAACCCAGCUGAAGGUGAUAACAGCAGCAGCUCACCCGAUCUUGCACACCAACGCGCGUCCAAUAUCAAUAUCCCUGUUACUCCGGGAAUUGUCCAAUCUACGUAUAAAACCCCGGCUUUACCACAGUCCAACGAAUCUGAAAGUCGGGGCUAUUUCACCCAAGAUCCGAGACAACACGACCGUCCUUCCAAACGUAACCACUGGGACGUGACUCCGGACGGAACCUGGCCGUCUUCCUCGCCGUCUGAUCUAGUCAGAGACAACAUGUCAGGCGAAGAACUGCUAAGGCGGAUGAGCCAGCCUGCCUCCGGCCAAGCAGAGACUCUUGCUGACAUCAAAGCUGCAGCGCCUGAUCUUGCACUCACGGGCAACAUUAUAUCAGUAACUUUUACUACUCCGCACACCAUCAAAUAUCGUAGUAAUGGCGAAUGGGAGCUAGGAACGCGACAUGGUUUGUCGGCUUUAUUUGACUCUUUCGCAUAUCUUUCUUCCGAUGAAGUCCCUUGGAAUCACUCAGUACUCGCCUGGACGGGCGAAAUAGACUGUUCCUUCGAAAACGAUGCGUCUUCCAACGAACGCGAUACUGCUAACAUACCUGGAUUAAGCCACCUCACAGCGCCUAUACCUGUAGACGGCAAUUUACCACCCACCCCGCCUAAUGCAGAUGGCCUGUGGAUCUCGCGGGACCACCAAAGGAAUCUUGAGCGCCGACUCGCUGAGGAUAAAAAGCUGAAGACAAUACCUGUCUGGCUGACUGAUGAUAAAGAUGUGGACGACGAUGGUAUCACGCUGUAUGACCAAUCUCGAUGGAGACGCUAUGCUGAGCAUUCCUUGUACCCCCUUUUUCAUUAUAAACAACAAGAGCCUAGCGACGGACGAGCCGAUCGCAUAGACUGGGCCAAUUACUACCGAGCCAAUCUCCAGUUUGCCAACAAGAUCAUUGAGGUGUACAAGCCAGGCGAUAUUAUCGUCAUACACGACUACUACCUCCUUCUGCUCCCCAGCAUGCUACGGCAGAGAAUCCCGAAUAUCUAUAUCUCAUUCUUUCUGCAUUGCCCGUUCCCAAGUAGCGAGUAUCUGAGAUGUCUGCCUCGCAGGAAAGACCUACUGGAGGGCCUCAUGGGUUCAAAUUUAAUCGGUUUCCAAUCCUACAGCUAUUCGCGACACUUCACCAGCUGCUGUACUCGUAUCCUGGAUUUCCCUUCAGAUGCCUCUGGAGUUGACGCCUUUGGGGCUCGUGUCGAGGUUGGGGUGUUUCCUAUUGGCAUUGAUACGGAAAGGGUGAAAAAGCUUGCCUGGUCGGAAGAAGUGACGGAAAAAUGCCACGCGCUUGGGGAAAUGUACAAAGCGAAGAAGAUCAUCGUCGGCCGAGACCGACUUGAUAGCGUUCGAGGUGUGACCCAAAAGCUCAUGGCCUUCGAGAGGUUCCUGGAAAUAUAUCCUGAGUGGCGGGAAAAGGUGGUUUUGAUUCAGGUCACAUCGCCCACGAGUAGGAAGGAGGGUAAAGACGACGCGGAUAACAAGGUCGCCAGCAAAGUGAACGAACUGGUCAUGAAAAUCAACGGCGAAUACGGCAGCUUGGGAUUUUCGCCGGUGCAACACUAUCCGCAGUAUCUGGAACCAGAUGAAUAUUUCGCCCUUCUCAGGGCAGCGGAUAUUGGGUUAAUCACAUCUGUGCGGGAUGGUAUGAAUACCACAAGCCUCGAAUACGUGGUGUGUCAGCGUGAUACCCAUGGACCCUUGAUCCUAUCAGAAUUCAGCGGUACUGCGGGGAGUCUGCGUGACGCAAUUCAUAUCAACCCAUGGGAUCUCACCAACGUGGCAAAGCAAAUCGACAAUGCGUUGACAAUGUCUCCCGAACAACGUCAGAUUAUGCAAUCUGGCCUGUACAAUCAUGUUACAACGCAAACUGUUCAGAGUUGGAUCACCAAGUUCCUACGGAAACUAGUCGGUACUCUAGCAUCCAGCCGAAAUGAGAAUGCCACGCCCGUCUUAGAUGGCACUUCUUUGCUCGAACACUACCGAGCUGCAAGCAAGCGUCUGUUCAUGUUUGAUUAUGACGGCACCCUCACCCCCAUAGUCAAAGACCCGCAAGCAGCCAUACCUUCAGAGCGCGUCAUUCAGACUAUCAGGGCACUGGCCUCUGAUGAUCGCAAUGCGGUUUGGAUCAUAUCUGGAAGGGACCAGGAAUUCUUGCAGCAGCACCUAGGUCAUAUCAAAAACGUCGGUUUCAGUGCCGAACACGGCAGCUUCAUUCGUUAUCCUGGCGCUGAAACUUGGGAAAAUCUAGCCGAGAAGUUAGACAUGUCCUGGCAACCAGAGGUAGUGAAUGUCUUCCAGAAAUACACGGAUCGUGUCCCAGGUUCAUUUAUUGAGCGUAAGCGCUGUGCGCUUACUUGGCACUACCGUCAGGCCGACCCAGAGCAAGGUGUCCAUGCUUCCGAGGCUGCAUUUGACGAACUAAGGUCCACGGUGGCCAAAAAGUGGGAGGUUGAUGUAAUGACUGGCAAGGCCAACCUCGAGGUUCGGCCAACGUUCAUCAACAAGGGUGAGAUUGCCAAACGACUAGUGCAUCAAUAUGGCUCGAAAUCAGCCCAUCGGCCAGGCGAAAAGAUUGCCGGCCAACAAGACGGUGUAAAUGGUGGCGCUGAGCUGGGAUUUGUCCUUUGCUGCGGCGAUGACUUCACCGACGAAGAUAUGUUCCGUGCGCUCAACGGGCUUACAGGCACUCACCUUCACAACGAGCACGUCUUUACAGUCUCAGUGGGCGCCAAGAACAAGGUGACCCUUGCUAAGUGGCACGUGCUAGAACCUGAAGACGUUGUCGAUCGCGUUGCGCUUCUUGCUGACGUGGGACUUGGUGGUGAUCCUGCAGAACAUUUAAGCCAAGUCAACCUUGCGGCUGUGGCUGGGCUAGAGGGCCAUGUGCCCACGUAAUUCGCAUUGAUAGAAAGACUUAGCGGUAGAAUGACAAUA